CCCGGCUCGGAGGCCCGCGCGGGCGGCCGCGGGCUGCGGGGGCGGGGGGCGCGGCCGCCGGAACUGAGGGGCGGGGGGCUUCCCGGGGCAGGGGGCGCGGAGCUGGGCUGCGCGGCUGCAGCAGCGCGAGGCGGCGGCGACGGAACUGGUGGGGGGCCCCCAGACAUGGGUCCCCCUGCGGUGCGGAGCAGCCCCGGGGCGGCUGGUGCACGACCCCGGAAGGCGGAGGUGGAGAGGCGAGCCGAGCUCGCCCGACCAGGUGAGGUGUUCCAUAGUUUGGUUUCCUGGGCUCUAACACAGCUCUUCCGGUCCUGCCUGACAUUGGGCCUCCACCAUGGACAGAGGCCAGCCCCAGCUCCUCCCUGGUUUCCCAGCUUCUGCCAGGCCCCGAGGCCCAGGGAAUGGUUUAAGUGUUGUUCAAGAUCUGUGAAGCCAUCUGGAGUGAGAUGCCCUGUAUCCAGGCCCAAUAUGGAACACCAGCACCUAGCCCAGGACCCCGAGACCACCUAGCCGGUGAUCCUCUGACUCCUGAACUCAACAAGCCUACCAUGGACCUGGCUAGCCCUGAGGCAGCCCCCACAGCCCCCACUGUCCUGCCCAGCUUCAGCACCUUCAUGGAUGGCUACAGUGGGGAGUUUGACACCUUCCUCUACCAGCUGCCGGGAACAGCCCAGCCGAGCUCCUCAGCCUCCUCCUCAGCUUCUUCCACUUCUUCCUCAUCUGCCACCUCUCCAGCCUCUGCUUCCUUCAAGUUCGAGGACUUCCAGGUGUAUGGUUGUUACCCCGGCACACUGAGUGGCCCAUUAGAUGAGACCCUCUCGUCCAGCGGCUCUGACUACUAUGGCAGCCCCUGCUCGGUGCCAUCCCCCUCCACACCCAGCUUCCAGCCCCCUCAGCUCUCCCCCUGGGACAGUGCAUUUGGCCCCUUCUCACCCAGCCAGACUUUUGAAGGCCUACGGGCAUGGACAGAGCAGCUGCCCAAGGCUUCUGCCCCCCCCCAGCCAUCAGCCUUCUUUUCCUUCAGUCCCCCCACCGGCCUCAGCCCCAGCCUGGCUCACAGCCCCUUGAAGCUGUUCUCCGCACAGGCCCCCCACCAACUUGGGGAGGGAGAAAGCUACUCUGUGCCAGCGGCUUUCCCAGGCCUGGGGCCCACAUCUCCACUUCUGGAUGGGUCCAGGAUGCUGGAUGCACCCAUGAGCUCAGCUAAGGCUCGGAGUGGAGCUCUGGCUGGAAGUGAGGGUCGUUGUGCUGUGUGUGGAGACAACGCUUCUUGCCAGCAUUACGGGGUGCGCACCUGUGAGGGAUGCAAGGGCUUCUUCAAGCGCACAGUGCAGAAAAAUGCCAAGUACAUCUGCCUGGCUAACAAGGACUGCCCUGUGGACAAGAGGCGGAGAAACCGCUGCCAGUUCUGCCGCUUCCAGAAGUGCCUGGCUGUGGGCAUGGUGAAGGAAGUUGUCCGGACAGACAGCCUGAAGGGUCGGCGGGGUCGGCUCCCUUCAAAGCCCAAGCAGCCCCCGGAUGCCUCCCCUGCCAAUCUCCUGACCUCCCUCGUCCGAGCUCACCUGGACUCAGGGCCCAGCACUGCCAAACUGGACUACUCCAAGUUUCAGGAGAUGGUGUUGCCCCACUUUGGGAAGGAAGAUGCUGGGGACGUGCAGCAGUUCUAUGACCUGCUCUCGGGGUCCCUGGAGGUGAUCCGCAAAUGGGCUGAGAAGGUCCCUGGCUUUGCGGAGCUCUCCCCAGGUGACCAGGACCUGCUGCUGGAGUCCGCCUUCCUGGAGCUCUUCAUCCUCCGCCUGGCCUACCGGUCCAAACCCGCAGAAGGGAAGCUCAUCUUCUGCUCCGGCCUGGUGCUGCACCGGCUGCAGUGUGCUCGUGGCUUUGGCGACUGGAUUGACAGCAUUCUGGCCUUUUCUCGGUCCCUCCAUAGCCUGGUUGUGGACGUCCCUGCUUUCGCUUGUCUGUCUGCACUUGUCCUCAUCACAGCAGACAGACACGGGCUGCAGGAGCCCCGGCGGGUGGAGGAGCUGCAGAACUGCAUCGCCAGCUGCCUGAAGGAGCACAUCUCGGCCAUGUCAGGGGAGCCCCAGCCGGCCAGCUGUCUGUCGCGCCUUCUGGGCAAGCUGCCUGAGCUUCGGACCCUGUGCACCCAGGGCCUGCAGCGCAUCUUCUACCUCAAGCUGGAGGACUUGGUGCCUCCUCCACCCAUUGUCGACAAGAUCUUCAUGGAUACACUGCCCUUCUGACCCCAGCCCAGGAACUCUCAGACACCAUGUGUGCAUACUCAGACUGCCACCCCACGUGCCUUUAGCCCCUGGCCCACAGGCCCCCCAAGAGCCACCUGCAUCCCCAGGACUGCCCUGCAGCCUGACUAGCCUCACUGGUUCUGGGAGGUUGACAGGGAGCUUAGGCCCUGGGGGAGGAGGGUGCUUUCUGGGGGUAACCCUCUAUUCUUUUAUUUGUCUUAUCACCCACCCACCCCCAACCCAGCCCUGGCCAUCAUGUUUUUGUAAGAUAAACCAUUUUUAACACAUACCGCUGUGCUGUAAAUAAGCCGAAUGCUGCUGUAAAUACAGGAAGGAAGAGAUUGGGGUGGGGGUGGAGUGGGGAGGAGGAGCAGUGUCCCACCAGCCAGGGCAGGCUUUUCUCAGCCCUCUCUUCCCACCCUCCUUCCACAUGUACAGAAACUCACUCUAGGAAGAAGACAAAUGACAGAUUCUGACAUUUAUAUUUGUGUACUUUCUUGGAUUUAUAGUAUGUGACUUUUCUGAUUAAUAUAUUUAAUAUAUUGAAUAAAAUAUAGAUAUGUAGCUGAA